AUGGAUACUACCCUAGAUGAAAAUUCAGUACCGCAAAUCUAUUAUCUAGAUGAAGGAAAGAAGGAAAGCCCGUUUCUGCCUUUGACAUCGCUGGAAUUUCUGAAGCAACAUGGUACCAAAUUGAAGCGUUUGAGGGAGGGAAAUCUCAAUGAGCUGAGCUCUGAUACACCAAUGGAUACUUCUCACCAUCCAGCUUUGUCAACCCCUAGCCUUAUGAAGGCAGCAAAAGCGCAACUAUUUAAGUUCAACUCCCAGAAGAUCGAUGUUCUUUCUUAUGUGUCCAGUCACAUUGGAACUCUAUCUGGUCUCCGCUCUGAAGUUCCUGGAGACUUGGAACUUGCACUGCUACUCCAAGCUGCUGCCGAAAAGGUGGCCAAUCAACAAUAUGUGCAAGCAAGGAAGUUGCUCAUCUUGUGUGGUUGCUUUGCUUCUAAAAGCGGCAGUCCUGUCCAAAGAGUAGUGUAUUGUUUCGCUGAAGCUCUUGAAAAGAAGAUUGAACAAGAGUGGGGAAUAGCUCCAACAGAGGAACUGGUAGGGAAGCUAAGGAAGCCAUUGGAUGAGAUGCUAGCCCAAGUUUAUAUGCAACCUGCAAUGAUGACAUCUCAACAGGAAACACCCUUCACUCUUUUUACUGAGUUUACAGCAACAGAAUCCAUCUUGAAUGCUGUAGUAUCAGCAAAAAGGGUUCAUCUGAUAGAUUUUCAAAUUAACAAUGGCGCACACUGGACACUGAUUAUGCAAGCUUUAGCUGUCAGAGACGAAUGUCCCUUUGAACAUCUCAAGAUAUCGGCCGUUGGAACCUCUAAGAAGAUAAUGGAAGAGACUGGCAAGUGGUUGUCAUCUUUCGCUGAGACCCUCAAUUUGCCUUUUUCAUAUAAGAUGGUUGUAUCAGACCUGAAGGACCUCAGGGAAAAUUAUUUUGAGUUGGAAUUUGAUGAAGAGUUGGCUAUUUACUCGGACAUGCGUCUUUGGACUCAACUAGUAUGGCCCAAUCACUUGAAAGCUCUAAUGGGUGUUAUCAGAAAACUCAAGCCAAGAAUAGUGGUGGUCAAAGAAUUUGAGGCAAAUACAAAUGCACCAAAUUUCCCCGAACGCUUUGAUGCAGCACUUCUUUUAUUCAGUGCAAUGUUUGAUUGUAUCAACUCUUGCAUGGAUCAUCACGUUUUGUAUAGAAAGAUGACUGAAGAAGUUAUCUUUCCACGUAUGGUUCAAAACAUUAUCGUGGCUGAGGGAAUGGAGAGGUUUCAACGACAUGAAAAAAUCGGUUUUUGGAGGAAACUUUUCGCAGAGUUCGGAAUGGUAGAAACAGACCUGACCCGCUCAUCAUUAUGUGAAGCAAGCUUGUUCCUCAGAAGUUCUGAGCGCUUGAGUUCUUGUACUGUGGACAUGGAUGGGAAAUGUCUGAUCAUGGGGUGGAAGGGUGCCCCAUUUCAGUCUCUUUCAGCCUGGAAGUUGCAGAAUGAGUACAAAAUCUAG